AGGAUGUUAGCAGUGAUUAUAGCGGGUGCAACCGGCACACAUGCUUAGCCGCAGGCCUGCUUCGUUGCCGUUGAGCAAGCAACUGGCACCACCUUGCUUUCCAGCCUGCUUUCGUGUCUCUAGAUAUCGUCGGAACCUUAGUGCUAAAGCUAUGUCGAACUACGCUCACGGGUUGUGCGUUUGGCCAACAGCUGGGGCUCUUCCGGCAGCAUCUUCAACAGGUUUCCUCAAAGUCUUGCCAGCAGAUCUAGCACAACUUCAACAGUGGGUCUCCACCAGUCCAAGAAACCUGCUAACAGUGAUUAUAGCGUUGCCACACUGGGAUUUCCGGCUUAUCUCAGCGCUUACGUACAUCUCUCGCACAUGCUUCAUCGUCGUUUGGCAUCCGGACGCGACGGAGGAUCCUAUAGCACGCAUCAAGGCGUUCGAAGCUGGAGCUCGCAUGGUCACCAAUGACGAGGAACACUUACAAGAGGCGCUUCGCCUCAUCACAGGCGUGCAUGGCAAUGGCAACUUGCAAUGCCCUUGGUGCGGGCUGUCAGGCUUGUCAACCCUGGAGCUCUGGCAGCAUCAGCCCCUGUACCACAUCUACGAGCUGGACAAGGGCAAUGUUGCCUGCCCCGCCUGCAGCAAGCCCACCUCGCGCCUCACGCGCCACAUCAACUUGACGCACGGCCCCGCGCCGCUGGUGGACGAGCGGACGGGCGUGUUCGCACUGGCCAUCAUCCGACGACCCUCCGACGGAAAGUUCCUGCUAGUGCAGGUCACGGGCAUCCUAACAGUGGAGUCACUGCGGCGGGGCAUGUGGCGCCGAAUCAUCUUCCUGGCGGAACCC